GGGCGGUGGUAGGGAGCGGGCUGUGGUUUGUUUUUCAGUCUGAGGCGUCACCUCCAACGGCUAACGGCCCCUUUAAGAAGGCGCCAGCGAACACUGACGAAACUUCCUCGGCCCUGCUCCUCUGCUCACAUCAACAAGAGACUCGGAGACAAAGCUGCUUUCGGUGCUGCGCACGACUACUGUCUUUACAGGGAGGAGGAGAGGGGGCGCAACUGGUAUUUUUUUUCCCUCCCCCAUUUUCUUGUCCUCCUGUCAGUGAGCUACUGUUCAGCACUCAGCAACAGACGACGUGCAGCCGAGGAGAAACGAGUGGAUUUGUUGUAGGGAUGGACGGACCCAGUGUUCGGGUUUCGCCCCGACUCUGGCGCUAAUGUGGACUCGGUCGCGAGCAGCAGGUGUACACAAGGAUAAAGCAGACACAACGCAAUCUCUGUGUUCAUGAAACUUUGUUACGAUUUACGUGCUGGGGUUGCCAUCCACCAUGUUAAGGUAAAGCCCAGGUGCGCGGUGUUGACAAUGCUAAAGCGCCUGGACAAGAUCCGCUUCCGGGGCCCCAGGACACGAGACGAUUUGUCAGAUCUGGCGGAGUCGCCACCCGCCUCCGACAACGAAUGUAGCGACGACAUGCAGCUGAAGCCCAAGGCAGCUUUACGGGAGACGGAGGAACUCCUGCGAGACCCUGCAGGUUCAGGGUCUCCCACCAUGGCUGCAGCCAUCCAGGAGUUCCAGAGGAUGGAGUCUGACCGGCUGAAUGAAGUCAAAGGUCACCUGGAGAUUGCCUUACUGGAGAAACACUUUUUACAGGAGGAGCUGAGGAAGCUUCGGGAAGAGACCAAUGUGGACUCCCUGAAACAGGAGCUGGAGAAGGAGCGAAGCAAGAGGAUAGACCUGGAGCAGAAGAUGAACGAGGUGCUAAAGACCAGGUUGGAGGACUCUCCACCACAGCCUCCCAGAAAACAGCAGUCGCCCUCCAACAAUGGAACAGCAGACAAGCAGCAGAAGGAGGUGUGGAGUUCACGGCUGCAGAAGUGGUUGUACGAGCGAUUCGGCGUUUACAUUGAAGACUUUCGUUUCCAGCCGGAGGAGAGCACUGUGGAAGCAGAGGAACCGCUAAGUGCAAAACGGUUGACAGAAAAUAUGAGGCGACUCAAGCGAGGAGCCAGACCUGUCACCAACUUUCUGAGGAACCUCUCGGCCUUAUCUAACUGGCACUCUGUCUACACUUCAGCUAUCGCCUUCAUUAUCUACAUGAAUGCUGCUUGGCACGGCUGGGCCAUCCCCAUGUUCCUCUUCCUGGCUAUCCUGCGCCUGUCCUUAAAUUACCUCAUUGCCAGAGGUUGGAGGAUCCAGUGGAGCAUCGUGCCUGAGGUCUCUGAACCAAUGGAGCCUCCAAAGGAAGACUUAACUGUGUCGGAAAAGUUCCAGCUGGUACUUGAUGUUGCACAAAAAGCACAGAACCUUUUUGGGAAGAUGGCAGAUGUUUUGGAAAAGAUCAAAAAUCUGUUCAUGUGGGUGCAGCCGGAGAGCACCCGCAAACUCUACAUCUGCCUGUGGGUGGCGUUCAUCGCCUCCUGCGUGCUGCCGUACAAACUGAUGGGUUUCAUGAUGGGGCUGUAUGCUGGCAUCAAAUUCUUCAUCAUAGACUUCAUCUUCAAGAGCUGUCCGAAGCUGAGGGACAAGUACGACACGCCUUACAUCGUGUGGAACAGUCUGCCCACUGACCCGCAGCUCAAAGAGAGGACCAACGCCACCAUGUCACGGAGGGUACAGCCGGUGGUCUCUCGCAGCAGCCUCGCCACUGUCCCCUGUGGCGUCAGCCGGGAGGAGGAGGCCGGUCGCUCUCACAGCACCAAGAAGGGUGCCUUUCAUGAAAUUUUCAACCUGUCAGAGUCAGAGCGCCCUCUGGGGGUGUGUGAGAACGGCUGGAGGUGUUGCCUCAUAAACAGAGACAGGAAGAUGCCGACUGACUACAUCAGGAAUGGAGUCCUUUAUGUCACAGAGAAUUACCUGUGCUUCGAGAGCUCCAGUUCCAGAUCCAGCGCCUCUAAAAAGAACAAAGUCAUCAAGCUGGUGGACAUUACUGACAUACAAAAGUACAAAGUGCUUUCAGUCCUACCAGGAAGUGGGAUGGGCAUCUCCAUAGCCACUCCCUCUACUCAGAAGCCAUUGGUGUUUGGUGCCAUGAUCCACAGAGACGAGGCGUUUGAGGCCAUCUUCACACAGUACAUGAAGAUCAUGACCACCUCCAACCCCCCAGACUGUGCAGAGAUCUAGACUGACCGUGUCCUCGCAGCGCUGCUCUGCACUGGGGCUGAAACCCUGAGGCCGAACUCCUCAUCAACUAAGAAGAACCUCCUGAACAUCACACCUGACUUUGCCCCGGCUCGACGCCUGCCCCUCAGGCGACGGGUUCAUCAUCCACGGCCACGUCCAUCGCCACAUUGGAUCAACGGCCGCCUUCCUGCGUAAAACACACACGUGAGGAGAUGGGAGUGUGAAGUCGGUCUCACGUGUGUAUCUGACAAUGGACAGAAUUGGUGUUGUCAUUCGUGAGGAGCUUUAGUGUGGUUUUAACCAAUCAGCAGAAGUCUGAGGAGGGGGCUGGUUCUCCUCCUGCUUCACUGACCAACUGACUGGUCUCUGACCUCCAGUACCUGAGUCCAUGUCUGCUCGUUUGACUGCCUGUGUGUGUGUGUGUGCGCGCGAGUCUCAUUGUGCGUGUGUGGUUUUUAGAAGUGCUCCCCCUGGUUGUCAUUGAAUAUCACAAAAAAAAACUACAAGACGAAAGAAACAACUUCUUUUAACUGCCAGACAUUUGUAGGAACAUUUUGAUUCAUAAAUUUGUGUAAAAAACAAAAGAAAAAAAAAACACUAAGGAAAUAUCUGACCA